AUGGCAGAUAUAGUGGGGCAGCUCGAGCAGGCGCGCAACUUGGCGUUUUCCAACCGCGAGAUGUUUCCACAGGUGCUUCGGCAAGUCUUUCCGUUGGCUGGAAACGCAGAUUUGACCAUUCAACGAUGGUGCUCACAAUUUUUCAAAGACGCUUUUCGAGCUUCCAGCGACAAAUUGGACCCUGCCGCCAAGAUAGACUUGGCUAUCGAUGCGGUGGAUACUUUGCUGUUGCUUAUGCAGGUCCCAGACCACGAAGUGGUGAAAAAUACCAUCGAUGCCAGUGUGGUGGUGUUCCGGUUGGUGUACAGAUAUGUGGCCGAUAAUGACGGGAGCAAUGGAAUCUGGGCAAAACUACAGCAGUUGAAGGCUCAUAUUGCUGGAAAGUACUUGACUACAUGGCCGUUAGAUGCUGCUGAUACAAAUGAAGCCGAUAUGAGACGCAAUAUCGAGAUCAAUUUGGAGUUGUUGAAAUUCGUCAUGCUUGUUAUCGACUACCAGCUGCGCUCGCCCACCCAACCAGGCUUCUUUUCGCUCUCCAAAGUAAACCCUAAUCACACCCUCAUGAAACCGCAACAAUUGGAGGCAGAAGCCCACAAGUUGUUGGAAAAAGUGCUCCAGGUAUUAGAGUGGGAUAUCCUCGUCACACCAGUCGUCACGGCUACUCUCACCCAACUUGCAUUCGUGGCUCACCGAAAGCCCCAGUUUAUAACGAGAGUGUUCAAAACAGUGGAAAACUUUGACCUGGCUUCUAAAUACCAGUCCAACUAUGAAUCAGUGGAAGAAUUCAAACUUUCAAGAAAAUACACCGACCGGUCCAUACGGAUUUUUUUGAGUCACACGCUCAAGUAUCAGCUUGUGCCUCCCAACUACCAACAAGUGGCAAACAAAAAGGUAUCCCAGGUUGUUUCCCGUGGAGAUGAAGUACGCCGAAGGGACAUUUUGGCAAUUGAAGAUCCUUCCAUCACCAAAAGAAAAUUCGAGGGCUUUGAAAAUGGAACCAAACGUCUUCAGAAUCUUGACUACAAAAGCUUGUAUUGCCUUACCGACCCUAAUAACGAACUCAACUCGUUUGACCUCACAACGCUCCCACCCAACAUUCUUGUCUCCAUGACUAUAGCGGCUUUAAACAAAGCACUGCCUGAGCGGUUGGCCAAGGGAUUGGAUAUCGUCUGCCUGCGAUAUAAGUCUGCUCUCCAGAGAGCCACAGGGUCUGAAGUUAAGAAACUGGAGCUGGACGACGAAGACGACAACAUGGAAAAUUUCAGUUCUGAUACCGUCUUUACGCUUCCUCCACCUCAAGCACUAAAUUUUGCUGAGAAAAAAGAGCAUUUAUCAUUAAUCAUUCAGAAUUUCUUCAGUUUGGCAGAUCAAAAGAUUCCUGAGGUGAAUGACAAACAAGAUACCGGAGCACAACUCACCCAGAUAGCUAUCAAGACAUGGAAGAAAGAUUCGUGGUACGUGCUUCUCACGAGGUUGGCUACUCGAGGAAUGCGUGCUGCUCCAGGCGAAGGAAUAGAUGUUGAGAAAGAGCAAGAACUUGCCGAUAUGGUGAGGCAAGCUAUAUUUGACUAUUUCCUCGCCAACAUCCACUCUCGAAUCGACAUUGUCAUAGAAUGGUUAAGUGAAGAGUGGUACGCAGAGAAGGUGUUUAAUGAAGGUAAAGCUUUACAGAAGAUGGCACAAGAAAAUAAUGGAGUUGUUACCGAAGAAAUGCGUAUCGAAGUUGACUUUCUUACCACCCCAACUCCAAUCUAUGAGAAAUGGAGUUCCAAGGUUCUCGACUCUAUGAUCUCAUUUAUCGAGCCAGGCGAUCGUAAGAUCUUUAUCAGAUUACUCUCAGACUUGCCAUACCUUACAGACGAGAUGGUUUCACGCAUCAAAUCAUUGUGCUAUGAUCCCGGAAGAGCCAAGAUUGGAUUUCUUUCGUUACAAUUUUUGGUAAUGUAUCGUCCACCAGUAAAGAGUGCUUGUUUGAACGUACUCAAGGAAUUGGCCGAAGGCGACCAGGACGAUCUCAAGGAGGAGGCUACGAAGUUGUUGGAAAAGUAUUCGUGA